AUGUCAACCCGAUCCCAAACCAUGCAGCAAAACAAGCUUCGUCGCUUCCAAACUGACCAGCGGAAGCUACUAAACAUCAUGAAAAGUAAGUCUGAAAAACGAACCAGCAGACAGCGAAUGCCGAAACGGAAUACCGUUGCUAUGCCGAACGAGACCGUCCUUCGCUUUAUCACGCUGGUGAAGCGCAACAGCUGCCUGUGGAAUCCGAAAAAUCGACAGUUCCGUAACAAAGCCCAGGAGGAAAAGGCCUGGAACGAUAUUGCGGAAGUGAUGGGAUUUUCCGUCGAUGAGCUGAAGGACAAAUGGGUAUCGUUGAAAAGUUCAUUCCGGGCCUAUCAGAUUAAGUUUGUUUCAGAACCGGAAAAGGCACGUAAAUGGUUUGCGUUUGAUGCAAUAAAAUUCUUGGCGACCCCCUCUAACAGUGCUGUGCGGUGCUAUGAUACAUCCAGCCCGAAUAAAGAAGAACUGGUGAUUGAAGUGUGCAAGAAUGAGGACGGUACGAUCGAUUACUAUGACGAGGAGCAUGAGGAUGGAGAAGACGAGGAAAACUCUGUAACCCUUGAGUCUUCGGAACCGUGCGAAGAACUAAAGAUGGCACAUUCCACAACCACAACCAACAGUUGUGUCCCGGAAGUCGAACCGAAGCUGCCAAUGGACGUGACGUUGGAUCGGAGCUCAAUUUUUGGACAGAGCAUUAGUGUGAAGCUAAAAUGCUUGGACCGACGGCAACAAAUGAUUGCCGAAAAGAUUAUCUCCGAUAUCAUGUUUGAGGCGGAAUUGGGCAAUCUUACUACAGAGCACGUGUGGGACAUUCAGCAAGUGUUGCGAAAUUCACAGCCUUCCGCAAUGAAACGUAUUGGAAACUAUGGAGUUAAUGAUGGGCGUAAAGAUGAGACCACUGUCUAG